AUGCUGGCGGCGGGCGGCGGCUCCGGCCCCGCCGGGCCGGGCGGCUCCGGGACGGGGCUCGGCGGCGACGGCGACUUCCUCUCUCGGUACCGGCUGGUGUCGGCCAAGCUGCGGCGGCGAUUCCUGCGAAAGCCCAACGUGGCGGAGGCGGCGGAGCAGUUCGCGGCGCUGGCGCGGGAGCUGCGCGCCCAGGAGAGCCUGCCCUACGCCGCCUGGUGCCAGCUGGCCGUGGCGCGCUGCGCGCAGAGCCUGUUCCACGGCCCCGCCGAGGCGGCCGCGCUGGCCGAGGCCGCGCGGCUCUUCCUGCGGCAGGAGCGGGACCUGCGGCAGCGCCUGGGGCUGCGCGGCGGCUUCGGCGAGCACGUGUCGGCGGCGCAGAGCUGCGGGGCCUUCGCCGCCCGCCUGCACCUGGAGCGCGGGCAGCCCGCGCUGGCGGCCGGGCCGUGCCUGGAGCUGGCGGCCGCGCUCCGCGACACGGGCCAGCCCGCCCGCGCCGCCGCUCCCCUGCAGCGGGCCGCAGAGCUGCUGGGGGCCGCCCGGCUGCCGCUGCAGGCACUGCGCUGCCUGGACGAGCGGGCGUCCUGCCUGCUGCUCGCCCGCGACUACGCCGGGGCCUUGGCGGCGCUGACGCGAGCGCAGGCGCUGGCCGGGGCCGGGCUCGGCGGGGCGGGGGCCGGGGCGGCUCCCGGAGGUGCCUUUCUGGACGUGCUGGCGCGCUGCGAGGUGUCGCGGGUGCUGCUGCUGCUGCUCCUGCAGCCGCCACCGGCCAAGCUGCUGCCCGAGCACGCCCGCACGCUGGAGCAGUACUGCUGGGAGGCGCCCGACGGCGGGGCCAGCACCACCGGCGGCGCGGGCGGCCCCGGGGCGGGCGGGCUGCCGCCGGCCGCCAGCUACCUGCAGGCAGAGCUGUUCCUGCUGCUGCAGUCGGCCGUGCUGGCGUGCCAGGAGAAGGACGUGGAGGCGCUGAAGGCGCUGCAGGCGGAGCUGUGGCCGCUGCUGAGCGCCGAGCAGAACCACCUGCUCCACCUGGUGCUGCAGGAGAUGCUGAGCCCUGCCGGGCAGGGGCUCUGAGCGCCGGCAGGGACCGCUCGGACUGGUCGCUUCAAACACAGACUCUGUCCCGCUAUUUAUUUUUAAUACCGGCGCUGUAACACAAUCAAGCCAUGGCUGAUGAACGGAUGUGUUCACCUUUUGUCAUAGUAAACUGCUCACUGUAUGUACUGGAUGUUGUCCUGCUUGGAAAAAGUGUCAUCUCGAAGCGGAAGGACUGGUUAGGGGCAGAACAAGGCUGUGCAUUAAAGGACUGGGUGCA